AUGUCGACGUGGGCGGACGACGACGGGGACCUCCCGCCGCCGCCCGGGUUCGAGGACGUCCGCGCGGGCGCGCACGCGGCGGAGAUCGCGGACAUCGCGAGCCAGCUCGGCGGCGCGCCGGCGAUCGGGACGCGCGCGGACGCCGUGGACGCGCCGGAUGUGGCGCUGAAGAGCGAGGGCCUGCGCGAGGAGCACGCGGGUGAGGUGGUGAAGGCGAUCGUGGAUCCGUCGACGCCGUACGCGAGCGCGAAGUCGUUCGAGGAUCUCGGGCUGAGCGCGGAGCUGCUCAGGGGGCUGUACGGGGAGAUGAAGUUUGAAAAGCCGUCGAAGAUUCAGGCGGAGACGUUGCCGCUGAUUUUGAUGCCGCCGCAUCGGAAUUUGAUCGCGCAGGCGCAUAAUGGGAGUGGGAAGACGACGUGCUUCACGCUCGGGAUGCUGAGCCGGAUCGAUCCGAAUCUGAAGGCGCCGCAGGGGUUGAUGAUUUGCCCGACGCGAGAGCUCGUGGUGCAAAACGUGAGCGUGAUGGAGAGGAUGGGCAAGUACACCGGAGUCACGAUCGCGUCCACGGCGGAUCCGAAGUGGGAUAACACAAAUCGUAACAAAAUCGUCGAUCAAGCGGUGAUCGGGACGCCCGGGAAGAUUUUGCGAUGGAUGCGAGAGCGUCAGUUGGCGUGCAACAACAUGAGAAUUCUCGUCUUCGACGAGGCGGAUCACAUGAUGGCCACGGAUGGACAUCGCGUCGACAGCACGAAAAUUCUCAAGCAUCUUUCCAUGAACGCCAAGGCGUGGCAGGUGUUGCUAUUCAGCGCCACGUUCAACGAGGCGGUGAAGAGCUUCGCGACCAAGGUGGUGCCAAACGCCAAUCAAAUCUUCAUUCCGGCGACUGAGCUUUCGCUCGACGUCAUCAAGCAACACCGCGUCGCGGUGAACACGGUGGAGGCGAAAGACGUGCUUUUGAAGGAGAAGAUUUUCCCGCUGUGCGAUAAGAUUGGUCAGACGAUCAUCUUCGUUCGCACGCGCGAGGGCGCCAGACGUCUGCACGCGUCGAUGAACGCGAGCGGAUACAAGUGCACCGUGAUCGAAGGACAAAUGGAGCACGCCGACCGCGAUCGCGUCGUCAAGGAGUUCCGCGAUGGACUGACGAAGAUUCUCAUCGCCACCGAUGUCUUAUCGCGCGGUUUGGACGUGAGCACGGUUACCCUCGUCAUCAACUACGACAUGCCGGUUGAGUUUCACAACCCGCGUUCGCCGAAUUACGAAACGUAUUUGCACCGCAUCGGUCGCAGCGGCCGGUUCGGUAAAAAAGGCGCGGCGUUCAACUUGAUCUUAGGCGACUCCGAGCGCGCGAUUUGCGAUCAGAUCGAGUUGCACUUCAACCACAAAAUCCCCGAAGUCGCGUUCAACGACGACGUGACGUUUGAAAAAGUGCUCGAAGACGCCGGUUUGAUGUCGAAGGAAGAGGCGCUUUGAAUGCGGUCGACGCGUAAUCACACACUACUAAGUACCUAGGACAAAACUAUAGACGAAUCGCGGGCCACCGCUAGC